UGUCUCCUCUAACAGCCUGAUACCUGCUGAUAAUCCGACAUCUUUUAUUUUCACGUCAAAUCAAAAUUCGUGCAUUUAGCCUACAUUUUGGCGUCCGGCAACUCCUUAAUUUUCGUGUUACCGUCAUUUUCGUUUCCGUCCGCUUGACGUUAACAUUUAUCGAUAAAAAUUACCAUGUAUUCACCCUUCUAUCAACUCAGAAAACCUGCGGAACAACAAAAUGGCAUUGAAAAUGUUCAACAAUUCCCAGCUCAUCUUGUUCCAGGUAAAUUUACAAUUAUUUAAAACCAAUUAUAUUUUAAACGCCCAAAUAAUUGUAUAGAAAAUAUAAUUAUGUAUGUGUUUUGAACUUUAGGUAGGACGAUUGCAGCAGCUGCAGUCAAUGAAGAUAGCUGUGAGUUUGGAUCAGCUAAAUACUUUGCCCUCUGUGGAUUGGGUGGUGUACUUUCAUGUGGUUUGACACACACAAUGGUUACACCAUUAGAUCUGGUAAAAUGCCGUCUUCAGGUUAACCCAGCCAAGUAUAAGAACCUUAUUAAUGGUUUCAAAGUCACAAUGGCUGAUGAAGGAGCUAGAGGAUUAGCCAAGGGUUGGGCUCCAACAGCUAUAGGUUAUUCUAUCCAAGGAUUAGGUAAAUUUGGCUUAUAUGAAUAUUUCAAAAUUGUGUAUGCUGACUUGUUGGGAGAGGAAAAGGCAUACUACUGGCGUACAUCUCUAUACUUAGCUGCAUCUGCGUCUGCUGAAUUGUUUGCUGACAUAGGUCUUGUUCCACUUGAAUCAAUCAAGGUCAAAAUUCAAACUACUCCUGGUUUUGCCAAUACUAUGCGUGAAGCCGUUCCUAAAAUGUUGCAACAAGAAGGUGUGUCUGCUUUUUUCAAGAGUUUGGUACCAUUGUGGAUGAGGCAAAUUCCUUAUACCAUGAUGAAGUUUUCAUGUUUUGAAAGAACGGUUGAAUUAAUUUAUGCUAAUGUUGUACCAAAACCGAGGGCUGAAUGCACGAAGGGGGAACAAUUGGUCGUCACGUUUGCUGCUGGUUAUAUUGCAGGAGUAUUUUGUGCUAUAGUUUCUCACCCAGCGGAUACAUUAGUUUCAAAGUUAAAUCAAGAAAAGGGCGCAUCAUCUGUUGAAGUGUUAAAGAAAAUUGGUUUUGGUGGUAUAUGGAAAGGUUUAGGCCCAAGAAUUAUCAUGAUUGGUACUCUGACAGCUUUGCAAUGGUUCAUAUAUGACUUUGUAAAAGUUACUUUGAGCAUUCCUCGACCACCACCACCAACACCGCCUAAGGGAAAGAGCGAGUAAACAAUUGAUAGUAUAAUCAAUUUAAUCAAUUCAGAACUGUCAGUCAUAAACUAAAUGUAAACUGUUGUACACCUUAAAAUAGUUCAGAGGUACUUAAAGUCAAAUUAAAUGCUUUUUAGUGUUCUUUUACAUCUAUAGAUGCUCUAUCAUUCCGACUAUAACAAUACCUCAAUCAAGUGUAUUUAUUAGUAGUAUAGACAAUG